AUGUUAGACAUUUAUUUUAAUAUCUCCAAUGAGGAAAAUAAAGAGGACAAUGUUUCAUUUAAUAAGACAUACGACAUUAUUGAUUUGUAUGAUGUACCUAUUGCAUUAAUUAUAGCAUUAUCGUGCUUCUAUGGUACUGUUUCUUUAGUAACGAUAGUUGGAAAUUUUUGCAUACUUCUCAUUAUAGCUUUAAGUCGCCGUAUGCGAACUGUCACCAAUUUUUUCAUUGCUAAUUUGGCUAUUGCUGAUAUUGUAAUUGGUUUGUUUGUAAUACCUUUCCAAUUCCAAGCGGCUCUUCUUCAAAGAUGGGUUUUGCCACCAUUCAUGUGUGCUUUUUGUCCUUUCGUUCAAGUUCUUUCCGUUAAUGUAAGUGUAUUUUCUUUAACUGCUAUAGCUCUUGAUCGUUAUAGAGCUGUUAUGUACCCAAUAAAAGCAAAGACUGUCAAUAUGAAAGCUAAAUGGAUUAUUGUAUGUAUUUGGACCUUCAGUGCUAUUACCGGAGUGCCAUAUGCAGUUGCUCUUCGAGUGAGUAUGGCAUUAGAUCCGGAUACUGGAACGUUUACAAAACCUUUCUGUCAAAAUACAGUUGUUCCAAUAUUAUUAUGGAAAAUAUAUACCCACAUGCUCGUAUGGCUGCAGUACGUUGUGCCGUUGUGUCUCAUUUCUAUGGUUUAUGUCAACAUAGCUCUUAAGCUGAAAGAUCCGAAGAUACCAGGAAAUAAAGAAGAUAUCAGAGAUAAUGCCAUCUUAAAAAACAGAAAGAAAGUAAUUCACAUGCUGUUUCUUGUCGUAAUGCUUUUUGCUAUAUGUUGGUUGCCUCUACAGUUAUACAAUGUUCUGCAAGAAGUCAUUCCACAAAUUAACAAUUACAAGUACAUAAAUAUUAUUUGGUUUUGCUGUCACUGGCUAGCGAUGAGCAACUCUUGUUGUAAUCCAUUCAUUUAUGCCAUCUAUAAUGAAAGAUUCAAGACGGAGUUUAAGAAGAGAUUUGGCUGCUUUAUUUCUAUUUUUAGAAUAAACCGCUGGAAUCAGAGAUCUUUGGAUAGUUUAUCUUCAAGAUAUGCUUGACAAAAUAUAUUUGACAUUGGAAAAUCUAUGUGAUCACUCAACUCUUCGGAUUAUUAUAUGUGAAGCAUUUCUCCUUCCGCUCACACAGCAUUUUCUUCAAAUAAAAUCAAAAAUUUAUCUGCAGUUGUAUUUACAUUUAUGCCAGUUCUGUAUAUCAUAAAAGUGUUGAAAUAUUUUCGAUUGCUCCCAUCAAAAUGUAGGUGGAUUCUUUUUCUGGAGCUUAGUAGAAAAAUUUGGAAGAUGUUUCAAAUUUUAUACUUGCAACUACAAUGUAUAAAUCUUCAAUUUGUUGCAAGCAUUUUAAAUGGUCUAAACUGUUUGAUACCCUUUACGGACAUUACUAACCUAUAAAUAAAAAUGUGUGAAUCAUUAAACAGA